AUGCUGAGUCUUAACUCUAAAUAUGUUACGCUCCUACCAUUUAUGAUACUACCCUGUCGUUUUGCUUCAAAAAGGAAAAAAUUCCCUGUGGGUGAUGAUGAUUUUGAAGAUUAUACAAAAGCCGCUGAACUCCUUGAAAACUCACUCGUUGGGGAAAAUUUUAAACCACCGGUGAGUGCUUUACAGGAAGCAGAGCUGCAUGAAAGACGAAAGCAUAAAUUAUCCGUGCUUUCUAAAAAGUAUUCCGAAAAUCCCUUAGAGUCAUCUGUUCUUACUUGGAAGGCUAAGCGACAAAUUGCCUUCUUGUUGGAUAAUGAUAAGCCUUUGGAUUUCGACGAUAUUGCGAAUUAUUUCCCAAUCACUUGUCAUGGUGUACGAAAGGUUUUCAACCGCAAAUCGCCAUCUAUGUUUUACAGACCUACAAGCAUGGAACGGCUUUUGAUUCACGACACACGUGUGACUAAACGCUGGGGACAUAUUUUGUCGUUUUUAAAAGAGAUUUCACUUCGUAGUCAUGAAAGCACUGAAACGCUGCAGUCAACAGUCCUCGACCUCUUACCCAAUAAUCUGUUAUGGCUAUUUACUGACAGUAAGGUUAACCUUCUGAUAUAUGCGAAUGGGAAUCCUAAUCUCCCUCACCCAAAGGACUGGGAUGUCGUCGUCAAAGAUCAUCACUCUCCUGGUCGCUUCGAAAAGUAUGCUAUGCUGUUUAGUGACUCGCCUGAAGAGGAUAUAUAUGAUAAAUACACUCAGCAUAAUCUAAGUAUUAAUGACUCCAUCGAAACUUUUCGAAGGCUAGAGAAUGUCACGGUCCACAAUUCUCCUGCUUCACCAUACCAAUUUUCACCACAACUGUACUCAUAUUUAAUGAACUGUGCACUUUUGGUUAACCCAGACACUACUAAUAAAAAGUCUAUUUCUCUUCCAAAUCGUGUAAAACUUCAUGACUACUUUCAUAACAAAAAUUAA